UGUCCCUCCUCUCCUUCAAACCUCACUUUUAUCCUUUGACCCCUCACAACCCAAACCUAUUGGGUUCAUUUUCAAAUUUACUUCUUCCAAAAAAUCAUUGGGUUUCUCACCAUUUUUUCUUAGAAGAAAAUUAAAAGAAAAUGGCAUUCACGGGGACUUUGGAUAAAUGCAAGGCUUGUGAUAAGACUGUUUAUUUUGUUGAUUUGUUGUCUGCUGAUGGAGUCACUUAUCAUAAAUCAUGCUUCAAAUGUACCCAUUGCAAAGGCACUCUUGUGAUGAGUAACUACUCCUCCAUGGAUGGAAUCCUCUACUGCAAACCUCAUUUUGAACAACUUUACAAGGAGUCUGGCAACUUCAGCAAGAACUUUCAGACAUCUGUGAGGCCUGACAGGGAAAUUAUGCUGAAUAGGACCCCAAGCAAACUCUCUUCCAUGUUCUCUGGAACCGUAGACAAAUGCUCUGCAUGUGACAAAACAGUAUAUCCAUUGGAGAAGAUAUCUAUGGAGGGAGAAUCAUACCACAAGUUGUGCUUCAAGUGUGCUCAUGGAGGGUGUCCCCUUACACAUUCAUCUUAUGCUGCUCUUGAUGGAAUUCUCUACUGCAGACAUCAUUUUGCUCAGCUUUUCAUGGAGAAGGGGGAAUUAAGCCAUGUCCUCAAGGCUGCCACACACAGAAAAAGUGGCGUUGUGCGUGUCGAUCCCGUACCAGAAGCAGAAGCAGAGUCCAAAGAGGACGAGCCUAAAUUGGACUCUGACCAGACACAAGAGUAGCAAAUCCUAAAUGUAUGAACCCUUCAUACAUAUACAAGUUUCCAAAAAUUUUCAGUCCUCAGCAGACCCUCUAUACUGUAAUUUAAUUCCGAGUGUUCAAAUUAUAUUUUCAGUUUGUAAGCAAAUUCAAAAAGUUAUGUAUCUUAUUUAUACAAAU